AAACAAAUAGUGUGAACUAACAGAUAUGGACUUAGUCUUUCAUUUGACAAUCUCUAAUAACAUUAACAUGGAUUUUAAAAAGUCUGAUAAUAUUCAUACAACUAUUUUAUAAAUUAAAGUACUAAUUGAUACAUUUUCAUUUACAAUAAUUCUUGGAUUAAAAUAAAACAAAAACAAAAUCCAUUGAAAUAAUGAUCAUAAUAACGAUAGCAUUAUUUUUAUUAUUUCAUAUAAGUAUUCAUUCAUUACCUAUGAUGAACAAAACCUUAAAUCAACAUAAUGAAACAUUAUCCAAUCUAAAUGAUAAACAAUUAAAUAAUAAUAAUAGAGAAAUUAUUCCUACUAAUAAUAUCAUUAAUGAUAAUUAUAACCAAUUAUUAUUAUUAUUUAAAGAUAUUGCUUCAAUACAAACAUUUAAUACAAUAAAUAACCUUAUGAAUAAUAAUAAUGAUGAUAACAAUAAUAAUAAAGAAAGUAAUUAUUCAUUAAAAAAUAAUAAUUUCAAUCAAAAAAUCAAUAAUUCAAUUAAAUUAAAACAAAAUCAAUUUAUUGACAAUUCAUGUAAUCAUAAACAAUGUUCUAUAAUAUUUAGAAUAAAAGAAUUAAAUGAUAAACUAAACCAUUCUAAAGGUAAAUUUAUUAUCAAUAAAAAUAUAAAUAAUGAAAUCUUAUUACGUAAUAUAAUAUCUAAUGAAAUAAUUAAAAAUCAAUUAUUCAAUAAAAAUUUUACACAAUUGAUUAUUGAUUUAAAUAAUAAUAAUAAUAUGAAAGAUUUAUCUUUAUUAAAAAUGUUUAAUAAUCAAUCCUUUAUACAUUUAUUACUUAGUAUAAACAAGGAUACUAUAUUGAAUAAUUUAAUCAUAAAGAAUAUAAUAAAUAAUUUGAAUGAUAAAGAAAAUCGAUCAAUUGAUCAUUUAGAUGAUUAUUAUAUUCAGAAAAUUAUUAAUUUAACAGAAAUGAAUACUGAUCAUUCAAUAACAAAAGUGUCAAAUAUGAAAAUCAAUAAAGAAGAGGAAUAUGAUAAUGAAAUCGAUCAAUUAAUUGGUGAAGAACAAAGUUUCAAUGAAGUACUUGGUAACAAUAAGUUAGGGAAAAAUUUAAUAAAGAAACAAAUAAACAUAGAAAAUAAAAAUAAAUUAUUAACAAAUAAUAAUAGAAUAUCAAUAAGUAAAAAAUAUAGAAGAAAACGUUCAGCAAAUAAUAUUGAUUUAGGAGCAUUCAAUGCAUAUUCAUCAAGUACAAAAAAUAUAAACAGAAACAACAAGCAAAAAAAUAAUCAAAAAAAAAUAAAAAUAAACAAUAAAUACAAAAUAAAUAGAAGGAUUAAAAAAGACAUAAAUACAGAUGAAGAAAACCAUGACAAAAUGAAGAAUAUCAUAAAAGAAUAUAAUAAGGAUGAUGAUUAUGAAAAAGACACACCAUCAAAAGAUGAAACUAAUGAGAAUGAAAAAGAAAAAUUAGAAGACAAAAGGAUAACAGAAAAUGAAAAAAAAACAGAUGAAAGUAAAACAAACAAGGAGGAUACGACAGAUGAUUCGAACAAAACGAAACAAAUAUCAAUCAACAACGAAGAAAUAACUGAAGACAUACUUAAAACCGUAGACGUGCCAGACUCGAGUCCAGAAACUCCAGUAUCCGAGGAAGUGACGACUGUCUCUCCAGCUCCAACUGCAAAUGUUUCUGUGGUUGAUAAUUUACUUAUAUCAGCGAUCGGUUCCACCGUUUCUCGUGGUAAAGAUUUUCAUUUUGAUCGUAGUGCAGUUGGAGGAAUUAUUAAGUCUUUAAGCAACGAAGUAUUGGAGAAUAAUGAUAAAGUUUCUCCGCAUGUGUUUUCAACUGACAUUCCAAGGAACAGAAAUAUUAACAUACAUAUUAGUGGACCUUAUAUUCAUGAGCAUAAUCGGCUUGAAUUUAAAUAUGGUUUAACAAUUGGUUUCAUUCUAUUAUGUAUUCUGGUUAUUAUGUUAGUUCUGUCUUCAAUUCUUGUUCUCAUUUGGAUUCGUCAUCGACGUAAUAAAUAUUCUGGUAGUAUAACCCUGUCACAUAUUGAAGAAAACGAUAACAAUGUACAAAAUACCUCAUUAGGAAAAAAUAGAUUUCAAUCCAGAAACAGUACACAUGAUUCAUUUACAGCUGUAGAAGGAAUAGUUAAUGAAAGCAAAAGUAAUAGAUCUACUAAUUCAAUGAAAACACCAGCAAUACAAAAACGUCUUGAACUACGAAGAAAACAACAUAUAAAAGCUAAAAUAUUAGCUCAUGAAGCUUUACUUUCCACUGAUGAUUGUUCUUCAUGUGAUUGUGGUUUUACUUUUAAAUCUCCCAACUCUGAACGUCUCUGUUUAACAUCGAAUUUAGAUAAUGAUGUUAUAUUAACUGGUGCAUGGCGUAGACAAAGCAAUGAUAGCGGUGAUAGAAAAAACCAAACAAAUCAAAAUAUAUUAAAUUCUGUUGAACAUACUCAUGAUAAAGAAGAUGAAUUUCCAGAUACUCCUUCUAUAAAUACUAAUAAUUUUGUUAAAAAUAAUGAAACCACAUCUCAUUAUCAAGAGAUAAGUAUGAACAAACCCAGUAUAAGUUCAAAAGCAUGGAAAUAUAUUGAUGAAAAUUAG